UAACAGAGGACUGUUAUUGAUCUACUGUCUAAAAGUAGAGCUUAGUAAUCCCCAUGCUUCAAGAGUGUCAAAGAUGGUAUCUAAUAUGCAAGUGGCUGCAAAAAUCUUCUUUGUUGCUUUUUGGGUAUCUUUCUUUACGUUGGCCAAAAAUCAAGACUGUCAAACAAAAAAUAUUAGUUAUGAGAAUGUCCAGACAAUUGAUCAACCUGAAAACCAUACAAAUGGAGAGACAGUGAAAUUGAAAUGUGCUACUGGCUAUGUUGGAUUACUGAAGCUUGAAUGUCAAAAUGGUCUAUGGAAAAAAAUUGCAGGGAGAGAUUGUAAAAAAAGACCAUGUGGUCACCCAGGAGACACACCAAAUGGACACUUCAAACUUGUAAGAGAGACAGAGUUUGUAUUUGGAGCUACGGUGGAAUAUACAUGUAGGACAGGAUAUACAAUGGCCAGCAGAAUAAAUUAUCGUAACUGUCGUAGCCAAGGGUGGGAUAAUGAUGUACCUGUCUGUGAAGUGGUGAAAUGCCCUAUAAUUAGCAAUUUAGGUGAUGUGAUUGCAACAGGCAACAUUGAAGAGGCAAGCUAUAAUGAUAUUAUCCACUUUGAGUGUGCUUCUAACAAAAUGUUAGACGGACCAGAAAACAUACACUGCACAGAUAAUGGACAAUGGAGUGGCACUAUACCAAAGUGUAAAGAAAUCACCUGUGAAUAUCCCAAUGAAGAACAACUUUCAUAUAUUCAGCCCUUCAACAUGGGGGUUUAUAAAUUUAAACAAAAUAUACAGUAUGGCUGUAAAGAAGGUUAUCAGGGUAAAGCUAACAGUGCUACAUGUACAGAGAAUGGCUGGGAACCAAAACCACUGUGUAUAGAAAUCACCUGUGAAUAUCCCAGUGAAGAACAACUUUCAUAUAUUCAACCCUUCAACAUGCGUGUUUAUAAGUUUAAACAAAAUAUACAGUAUGGCUGUAAAGAAGGUUAUCAAGGUAAAGCUAACAGUGCUACAUGUACAGAGAAUGGCUGGGAACCAAAACCACUGUGUAUAGUAAAAAAAACAACUUGUGCAGAACCUUCUGUGCAAAAUGGGUUUAUACAUAAAUUGGACGAAGGAUUUUCUUACUCAUGUGACUCAGGCUAUAAAGCAUUUGAUGAGAAAUGGUGGGGAGUGGUAAGUUGCACUGGAGGUCAAUGGAGUUAUUCACCAUUGUGUAUAGCUGAAGAUUACUGUGGUCAAAUACCUAAUGGUCUUGAAAAGCAGAAUCAAGCAAAGGAGGGAUAUAAGGAAGGGGAGAUGAAGGUGUUUGAAUGUGAAUCAAAGCCAUGUUGUUUUAAAUGUAUCAGAGGAAAGUGGGAGAAGCAAGACUGUGAAUCUACCAAAUGUGGUUCUCCUCCUCCUGUUGAAAAUGCAGUUAUUACUAAUUAUCAGGAAACAGUAGAAUAUGCAUGUCGAGAAAAUUACAUAAUAAAUGGGGAACAUUUUAUAUCCUGCAUCAACUCACAGUGGGAAAAACCACCAACAUGUGAAUUACAAGCAAUUUGUGCAGAACCCUCUGUGCAAAAUGGGUUCAUACAUAAAUUGGACGAAGGAUUUUCUUACUCAUGUGACUCAGGCUAUAAAGCAUUUGAUGAGAAAUGGUGGGGAGUGGUAAGCUGCACUGGAGGUCAAUGGAGUUAUACACCAUUGUGUAUAGCUGAAGAUCACUGUGGUCAAAUACCUAAUGGUCUUGCAAAGCAGAAUCAAGCAAAUGAGGGAUAUAAGGAAGGGGAGAUGAAGGUGUUUGAAUGUGAAUCAAAGCCAUGUUGUUUUAAAUGUAUCAGAGGAAAGUGGGAGAAGCAAGACUGUGAAUCUACCAUAUGUGGUUCUCCUCCUCCUGUUGAAAAUGCUGUUAUUACUGAGUAUCAGGAAACAGUACAAUAUGCAUGUCGAGAAAAUUACAUAAUAAAGGGGGAACAUUUAAUAUCCUGCAUCAACUCACAGUGGGAAAAACCACCAACAUGUGAAUUCCAAAAUGAAGAAUCUUCUUUGUCCCAAAAAGUCACAGCUGGACAAAACAAACCAAAGUUUAAAGAAAACUGAAACCAUCAAACAACAAAGCUGCUAUCAACAACCAUUGCCUGGAGAUGGAAAUGGAAAUGGACAAACUAUAAUAUCCAUAUAUCCAUCAUGAACAUAUAAAAAAAUACAUUUACAGCAGAAGUGCCUGUUACACCUGUUUUCAUGUAUUAGAAUUAAAACAGAUUUUCAUGUAA